GGGUGAAUGUUGGACGCCAUUUUGGAAUUAUACAGAACAAGAGCUGAGAAACAAAUGUGGAAUUUUUAAAAAAGAAUAUACUUGAAAACUACAAACUUUCAAGCAAGCAGGCAUAUAUAUAAGCAUGGAGGUAGUCAGGGCUUUUAAUAAUGAGUUGUCCUCAUUAUAUGAGAGUAAGCCGCCAGUUUCCAAGGCAAAGAUGACACAGGUGACGAAAGCUGCAAUCAAAGGAAUUAAGUUUUAUAAACACAUAGUUCAAAGUGUUGAGAAGUUCAUCCAGAAGUGUCGGCCUGAAUACAAAGUUCCUGGAUUAUAUGUUAUUGACUCAAUAGUGCGACAAUCCAGGCAUCAGUUUGGUGACAAAGAUGUUUUUGCUCCACGAUUCUCUAAGAACAUAACUACCACAUUUCAGAAUCUUUUCAAGUGUCCUGAUGAAGAUAGGUCUAAGGUGGUUAGGGUUCUCAAUUUGUGGCAGAAGAAUAAUGUGUUUCAAAGUGAAAUCAUUCAGCCACUUUUGGACUUAGCAGAUCCAAAUAACACAAAUAGUAACCAGUCUCCAGUAGCCAAUGAAGGAAUUGAAAGAAGUUCAACCAAACUUGUUGAAAGUCCAAGUUGGAAAGGUUGGUCACAGUCUAGUCAAGGGAAUCAGAACUUUACAGAAUCUAGGACCAUCAUGCAUGUUGAUGAGGAUGAAAAACAAGAUACCACAGUGCUAGAGGAAGAAGCAGAAAAUAGUAUUAGCCAGCAAGCUUCCAACAUGGAUCUUCUAAGUCAUCUUCAGCAAUUGGCCACCACAUUAGCUGGGGCUAAGCCUGAUAUCAUGCAACAAGAAGAAAACAUAGUGAAGUUUAACAAGAAAUUGUUAGAUUUUGAUUAUGGUGAUGAAGAAGAAGAAGAUGAAAAACAAGAUGAAACUAGCCAGUCAUCUGAACCAAAUGCUCUUGCAUUAAGGUGAGUCAUUUUUUUGAAAU